AUGUCGGCGCCGGCUUUGUCGCCGCUGCUCUUCUCCUCGGUGUCAGCGCCGACUCCUCCUCCCCUCUCAAAACUCCGGAACUCGGCGCCGCAUCUCCCUCCCUGCCGACUCUCUCUUCCGCCCCCUCCAGGUCCCCACCCCCCCUCCCCCCCUAUCUCUCUCACUCUCUCCGCACAAAAGUUUUGUGGGGACCCUCCCCUCCCCCACUCCCAUGGUGAGAUGCUUCCAUCCGCCGUCCACCAUCGCCGUGCUUUGAGAUUCGCGCGGGCUGGCGAUGGGCGGCGGAGGGAGGGGAUGGUCUCGCCGUGGGGACGGUUUAGUCUUAGAUGUAGCUAUGCUGCAUCCGAUGUGCAGGAUGAUUCUUCUUCUGUUCCAAUUGACGUUGUGGCCGAUGUGAAAACUGAGAAGAUAGUAGUCUUGGGGGGUAGCGGAUUCGUUGGCUCCUCAAUCUGCAAAGCUGCAGUCAGCAAAGGCAUAGAGGUUGUCAGUUUAAGUAGGUCAGGAAAGCCUUCUUACACCGAUCCGUGGGUUGAUCAAGUCACUUGGUUAGCAGGGGACGUUUUCUACGCAAGGUGGGACGAAGUAUUGGCCGGGGCAACUGCAGUUGCGUCGACUCUUGGAGGUUUUGGGAGCGACGAACAGAUGAAGAAAAUCAAUGGCGAGGCAAAUAUCUUGGCUGUUGAUGCUGCAAAAAAUUUUGGAAUUCCAAAGUUCAUUUUGAUCUCUGUGCAUAAUUACAAUCUUCCCCAAUUCCUACUUUCCUCUGGUUACUUCACUGGGAAGAGAAAAGCGGAAUCCGAGGUCCUCUCGAAAUACCCGACUUCAGGAGUUGUGUUGCGGCCUGGUUUCAUCUACGGGAAAAGAAAGGUCGAUGGCUUCGAGAUUCCGCUCGAUCUAAUUGGUGAACCGUUGGAAAGGUUUCUCACUGCUAUCGAGAAUUUCACCAAACCCUUGAGCUCGAUUCCCGCAUCCGAUCUCCUGCUAGCACCGCCGGUUAGUGUGGACGACGUUGCCUACGCGGUGAUCAAUGCGGUCGUCGACGACGAGUUCUUCGGUGUUUUCACGAUCGAGCAAAUCAAGGAAGCUGCUGCAAAAGUAAAGGCGACGGCCUAAACGCAUCACCGCUAUCUUCUUGGAAGUUAUGAAAACUCAAAAGCUUGAAAUGCUCUCAACAUGUAGAUUUAGCAAAUUCUUUGGUGUAUUAUAUAUUUUGCCCUGACCCUUGUUAAAAUUGCCGAGGUAAGUCGAGAUUAUGUAUAUAUGCUAUUGAGCCUAGCUUGCUUUUCGACCGGAAGAAGAAAAAGCUACAGCUGUAACAAUGUGUUAUCAAGAACAAUAUAUUAUCAUCAAUCUCUGCGAUGUCUCGGAGAAUUCAAGUUUGAUCAAUUCAAUGCUAUACAGUUAUUUCUUUUUUCCUGGA